CGCUCGCGGCGCUGCACUCCGGCCCUAGUCAAUCGGCCCUAGAGCGCAGGCACCGUUUUUCCUCCAGUUUUUAGGCUGACAUAAAGUGUACACACAACACACGGAGCCAGCUGGUGCGGGCGUUUAGCUAAUAGAAAAGUGUCCGGCCGCCGAUCGAGCGAUGGAUCGCGACGAGCACCACCUGCUAGAAGAAGGGCCCCUCGAGCGUUUCAAGGGAGCCACCUUGCAGAUACAACCUGACCUCACCUCCAGGAGUCCCAGUGCUUGCGGUGGUUUCACUCCUGACAACAAGCCGUCAAAGUUAGGAGCAUUGUGUCCAGUAUCAGUAAGCGAUUUGGAGGCCAGGGAGUAUUUUUCGUCGAGGGACAGCCUCGUCCACAGCGCAAUCGACGAGUGCGUCAGACUGUUCAUCAACACCAACACGGAUGGCGAACUGCUUGGCGCUUGGCUGCUCACGGAGAUCAGUCUGUGGGACACGGAAAAGGAGCGGAUCGUGUUGCUGACGACAAAUUCAAUGGUGACCAUCAAAUACGACUUCAUCGCGACCAAGGCGCUGGAGCACCAGAAGGUGCCGCUGCCCGCCGUGGACACGGUGGUGGUCGGCGAACUCAUCUACCCACCGGGCUCAAUGGUGCCGCGGUUGAACGGCUUGGCCAAUGGCGUCAUGAGCGUGGUCAAAGGCUGUCUUUUGAAACCGCUGCAAGAGCGGUGGACAACUUCAGCUUCACAUAUGCCGCAAGACAAUCUCAACCAACAACACACCUCGCCGUUCGAUCACGUCAAUUUUGAGCCUAGACCGCGAAACGUUAGAGGGGUGCGCGCUAUGUGGAACAAGGGCGAACCUGUGCCAUUCUCCAAGCGUUGGAACCCAUUCACAAACGAGGUGCCACUCUGUACCUACACCUCACACCCUCUUCUUUGGCACAAAGGAAGGGACGAUGGAAACACCAGAUUUGACGUGGAGAGCUUCGCGGAGCGACUGACCUUCGCACUCGAUCAUGCCUCCGCCAGUAACGGCAACCCGCCUUGCAAGAUUGAUUACCAGCCUAUUGUACUGCAAAACUAUGUUGGAAUUGGUUCUAUGAUUCACAACAGAAAUGCUCUUGGUUUCUUCAAAGUCAGAGGAAAAUUCAGCUUCUAAACCAAGAGUGGCCAGGCAUUUUUUCGCUUUGAUGCUUAUAAUAAGGAAACUGUGCUUUUUUUAAAUUUUUAUCAACUAAAAUAAUUGAUUUAUUAUUGUUAUUUGCUGAUGGUUGCAAAAAUGAUAGGCAGCGUAGUUUCUUUUUUUAUUUUUUAUUCAUGUUAUAUUGCGCCUAUAUAUGUACUUCCGUGCGACGAAUCAAAAUUCAUGGCUUUUGCUGAAUUUUUUUGAAUGUGUUUUAUGGCGAUUGCAUAAAUUUUGUGAUACAUUUUCUUAUAGUGAAAGAUGAGUAUUGCCUAUAUUGUAAGUUACAGCAAAAACAGCAACAACAACAACAA